CCAUCCAAACCGCUCUUAAUUUUAUGCAUCCAACCCCUUCUUUCCCCAUCUUGCACUGGAUAAGGAAAUCCCAAAGCGGAGCGUUUCCCCUCCCUUCUCUUUCUCAUCAAUCAGCCAUGUCUCUCUCUUCUUUCUCCACAAUUCCCACCGCCAAGCUCCUCCUCAAGACCCUACCCACUUCCACCACAAUCACACCCUUAACUCUCCAUUCUCCAUUUCUCCCCCCUUUCCGACUCCCCAAACAUAAACCCCUUUCACUUCGCAUCUCAACAUCCCCCGCUAUCUCUGCCUCACUUGAAGCCGGAGUCGGAAUAAUGGCAACCAAACUUGGCAUGAUGAGCUUCUUCGAAGAUUCAGGAACAGUGGUGCCUGUAACUGUUGUGGGGUUUCGCGAGGGAAAUAUUGUUACUCAGAUUAAAACUGAAGCUACUGAUGGAUAUAGUGCUGUACAAGUUGGGUAUCGACGAGUUCGGGAUAGAAAACUAACUAAACCUGAAAUGGGUCAUCUUGAAAAGUCUGGGAUUAUUCCUCUCCGCCAUUUGCAAGAGUUUCGUCUUCAGUCUGUUGAUGGAUUUGAGGUUACACAGAAACUUGAAUUUAAUGAGCUCUUUAAAGAGGGUGAUUUAGUCGAUGUCUCUGGUACAACCAUUGGAAAAGGAUUUCAAGGUGGUAUCAAGAGGCAUAACUUCAAGAGGGGUCAAAUGACUCACGGAUCAAAGAGUCAUAGGCAACUAGGAUCAAUUGGUGCUGGGACAACCCCAGGGCGUGUAUAUAAGGGCAAGAAAAUGCCUGGAAGAAUGGGAGGCACCAAGACAAAGAUUAGAAAGCUGAAGAUUGUCAAGAUCGAUGAUGAACUCAACAUUCUAAUGAUCAAAGGAGCUCUUCCUGGUAAGCCUGGAAAUCUUUUGCGAAUAGCUCCAGCCAAGAUUGUAGGCAAAAACAUCCCCAAGAACUAAUUUUCUUUUUUCUCUCUUCUCAACUCUUUGAAGUGAUGUAGUUUAUUCUUUUAAAUUUUCA